CGAGCAGGCUUAUGUUGAUAAGAGUGCCAUCGUUGCUUCCCUCACCGUAGCCAUGCACGGUCUCUGGCAGUGUCAAUGAGUGCAUGCGGUGUUGACGGCAGCAGGUGAUUGUAGUAGAAGUUAGCGAGUUAUAAUGGUUCUCGUUCCCUUUCCUCCCGUUGUGAGCAGCUGAGUGUCAGCUACUCAGCUGGAGAGAACGGGUCCUCGCUACUUGAUGUGCCAAGUUAACGGCGGACUGGACUUCGGACCCAACUUCCGGUCAAAUGUUGGCACGACUCGUCGGGUGACACUUGGGGGUUCAUUUUUGCUGUUGGCAGGUGCAAUCAGUGCCAUGCUGGGUUUCACUACAUUUGUGCUGCCCAUCUUUGGAAACCAGUGAAAACAUUUGCCGCUUCCAAACUGAUGUCAUUCCAGAGACCCGUUGGCGCCUCCACUCUUGGAUCGUCCCGCGUUAAUCCCCCUUCUUUAAAUGGACGAAUACAGUAACUUAUGAUUGUCCAUUGGAAUGGUAGACACACAGAUCCAGUCUAAUGCAAUCACAACACUAGAAAAUGAAUCUGGAACCCCAGUGGUUGAAGAAUUGGUACAGGAAAUGGAGAAUGUAGGGGAUAACAGUUCAGAAUCAUUCACCGUUGAUGAGAACCAGACUGCAGAAAAUGGUCCUGGAUCAAAUGAGACUGUGCCAGAUAGUCUUACACCAGCCUCAAGUCCAUCAUCAGCCGUCUUUCCUGUUACAUCAUUAAACCAAGAUGAAGCUUCCACCUCUGCGCUUAGCAUAGAGUGUCGAGUGUGUGGGGACAAGGCCUCUGGCUUUCAUUAUGGCGUACAUGCCUGUGAGGGCUGUAAGGGUUUUUUUAGGAGAACGAUACGAUUGAAAUUGGAUUAUGAUCAGUGCGAACGCAACUGUAAGAUUCAAAAAAAGAACCGCAACAAAUGCCAGUGCUGUCGUUUUCAGAAGUGCCUUGCUGUGGGAAUGUCACACAAUGCUAUCCGUUUUGGUAGAAUGCCUCAAUCGGAAAAGGAGAAAUUAAAAGCAGAGAUUCUAACUCUAGAGCAAGACGUUCAGAAUUCACAGAUGGCUGACCUAAAAUGUCUUGCAAAACACAUGUAUGAGUCUUACCUGAAGAAUUUUAACAUGACCAAGUCCAAAGCUCGAGCCAUUUUGACAGGAAAAGCUAAUAGCCCACCAUUUGUCAUUCAUGACAUGGAGACGUUGCGUCUAGCAGAAGAGAAUCUAGUAUCAAAACAAGCAGUAAACGGCAUCCAGAACAAAGAAGCUGAAGUUAGAAUCUUUCAACGCUGCCAGUGUACAUCUGUGGAAACAGUAAGAGAACUGACAGAAUUUGCCAAAUGUAUCCCUGAAUUCAUAAACCUUGACCUCAAUGAUCAAGUGACCCUGUUAAAAUAUGGAGUUUAUGAAGCCAUAUUUGCCAUGUUGGCAUCCAUUAUGAAUAAAGAUGGGCUGCUGGUAGUUUAUGGGAACGGCUUUAUGACCCGAGAGUUCUUGAAAAGCCUGCGGAAACCUUUUAAUGAAAUAAUGGAACCCAAGUUUGAGUUUGCCAUGAAGUUCAAUGCACUAGAGUUGGAUGAUAGUGAUUUGGCUCUCUUUGUGGCCGCCAUCAUUCUUUCUGGAGAUCGACCAGGUUUGGUCAAUAUAUCACAGAUUGAACAGAUGCAAGAGAGUAUUGUUCAAGCCCUUCGCCUCCAUCUACAUAGCAAUCAUCCAGAUGCUAUCUACCUGUUUCCCAAACUUCUCCAAAAGAUGGCUGACCUUCGCCAGUUGGUUACAGAACAUGCUCAACUUGUUCAGAAGAUCAAAAAGACUGAAGCAGACACUUUUCUACAUCCACUUCUACAGGAAAUUUACAGGGACAUGUACUAACGUUAUUGCAGUACUUUAUCAAUAAUUAUAAAUUGUGGAGGUCCACUAAGAAUAAUUGAGUGCAAAGAUUUAGGUAUUACUCGAUAGUUAGAUACACAAUGUUCUCAGGUUUGCUUUAUAUGAUCGGCUGAAAGUUGUACCUUGGGCCACAACAUAUUUUGUUACCUCUCAAAUGUAGAGCACAUUUGAAAUAAUUUGGGUUUAUUAAUCCUAUAAGUACUUUGUAACCUAUUUAUAUUAUGUAAUUUCAUGGCUUCAAAUAACCAAGCUGUUCAAUUACUUUCUAACAUAAGAUGAGAAUCUAGUAGUUUAUUACAAAGUUAAACUCCAAAAGGAUACAUUUCUUAUGAGUAAUUAAUCUAUAACCAUUAAUCAUUGCACUCAGUAGUCCAAAGUGAGAGAUUCUGCUGGUAUUUUAUAAAACCUCUUGCUUUCAACAAUUUAAUCAUUGCGUUUAUUGCAUACAAAACAAUAAUUCAAACUAUGCAGCUCAUUAUGUUUGCAGCCAUAACUUAAAAACAAAAAUUUUAAACAUGCACAAUUUUAAAUAAUUGAUAUAAUCUAUGUAUCAUUGUAUACUUUCACAGUGAAAGGGAAAAACCACUGCUGUAAAGUGGGUGAAAUAUCAAUGAAGAAUAUUUUAGAAAUUAAACAAAAUCAAGACUGAGUAACAGCCAAUUAAAGAAAAACACAGACCAGCUAGCUUAUCCACAACUGUGAACUACAGAUAUGGUUUAAGCAUUCUUCAUCCUGCUGUCUCCAGACAAAAAUCAUUUUUUUCCCCACUAUUUUAAAAGUAGGUAUCUGAUUCAUGACAUACAAUCAGCAUAAUUAUAAUAUGUAAAUAACACAUUAAGGUCUUAUGGUAUAUCAACAUCAGAAUGCUUUCACCUUUAGUGAGAUUCUGAUUUGAAUUAUAACUUACAAGAGUGAGCAGGCACCCAUUCUGUCAGGUCUCUACUAUUUUAAACAGAAUAAAAGAAAAGAAGGAAUUUUGAAUAUUAAUUGAAACUGCAAACAGUAGUAUGAACUACUAUGAAGUACAAAAGAAUAUUGCAUAAUGUAGCUUACAUAGUUUACUGAUUAUGGAUAUUCACUAGAAGAUGCAGCACACUAAUCUGUAAUCUCUCCUUUUGAGAAUGUAACCCGAAAUAUCUCCAUCUUUUCAAAAGAUGUCUUCCCUGGCAAUCUUCUGUUUACUGUACUUACAGAUUACAAACUUGGCAUGUCCUUUGGAAUUUUUUUCAAAAAAACUGAUUGCAGACUUUACAUCAAUGGCAAAAAGCAAUUUGAAGAAAAUCUAUUAUUAAAGGUAAUUUUUUAUUAAGAUGAAACAACCAGAAAAUAUGAAUUAAAUUUGAAGGUUAUCAUAUUCCUGAUAGAUAUAUAAAUACUUUGACACAAAGUGACUUCAAUGUUUUUAAAGCAUAUGUUAUCUCUUUGCAUUCAAAGAGGGGCAAUAGGAGUUCCCUUUCAGAUUAUUAAUAAUUGAAAUCAUAGAAUGGUUACAACUCAAGAGGAGCCACUUGGCCUGCCCAGUCAUUGCCAAUUCUCUGCCUGAGCAAUUUUCCUAAUUCCACUGUCCUACCCUGAACCCACAGACCUGCAAAUUAUUUUCUCAAAGUGGUUACUCAUUUCCCUUUCACAAGCAACAGUUGAAUUUACAACGUUCUUAGACAGUACUUUCCAGAUUCUAAUUAUUUGCUUUGGAUUAUUUUCUGCAAAUCUUUUCCAGACCUGUUCUAAAGCUUCCAUACUUUUACAAAGUAAAUACUCAAGUUGAUAUAGAACCAACAUUUUAUAAAGGUUCAUGGUAACAUUGUUACUUCUUGCAUUUUUAUCAUGUUACUUAGCAAGGCCCUCCAAUAAAUCAGUGUUUUUUAAAGCACUUGCCUAACCUAUUGUCCCUUUUUAAUUUGUUGCUUUUUCUUGAUCUUCCUGUCACAUGUCCAUAUAUUCCAUAAACCUACGUACUCCUGAAGUCUUUAAGAUCCUCCUCAUUCUUCACAAUAAUUCAAAUUUGACAUUAUCUGAAAAUUUUGAAAAUGUGUCCUGUACACUAAGUAAAAUAUAUAUCAAGAAACGCAGAAGUCCUAAUACUGACCUCUGAAGAGCUCAAUUCUUCCAACAGUCUGAAAAAUAACUAUUUACCACUACUCUGCUUCUUGUCACUCAGCCAGUUUUGCAUUGGUACUCUGACCCUUAAACCAUGGACUUCCGCUUUCCUGACAAGCUGAUUAUGUGACACUUCCAUCAUUUCCUUUGCAAGUGUAUAUAAAUCACUUACUGCAUUACCCUCCUCAGCCUCCUGUUACCUCACCAAAAACCGUGGCAGGUUAGUUAAACACUGUCUUUUAGAAAUCCAUGCUGGCUUUCUUUAAUCAACAUUUAUCCAUGUAAUUGUUAAUUUUAUCCUGGAUUAGUGUUUCUAGAAAAUUCCUACCAGAAAGGUUAAACUGACUGAUCUGUAUUUGCUAGGUUUAUUCUUGCACAAAGGUUCACAAUUCUCCCAUUCUCUUCCACUACUACCAGAUCUCAGGAAAAUUGGAAAUUUACCUCUACAUCCUCAGCCGUACCCCAGUUGUUUGUGAUGAUUUAAUAAUUUUAAUUAUGGCUGGCUUUCCUUAUCUAAUUUUAACACGCGCUGUGCUUUAAUUGCCUCGUUUCAUUAUCAUAAUGGACAUCAUCUUCAUUGAUAAAGGCAGAUGCAAAUUGCACAUUUUGUACCUCAAUCAUGUCCACAGCACAGACCUUUCUGUUCCUUGUUUAGUCCACCUGUGUCUCCUGUGAGCUAUUCAAAGACACAUUGGAGACUUCUGGAUUCUCCUUUGUGUUAGUUGUCAGAUUCCUUUUCCCUACUUGUCUGUUGUUCCUUUUUACAAACAGUUCAAAAUAUCGCUAAUUUUUGCAGAAUGGGUGUUCAAGAGUUAAAUGCUUGUGCAUUAUGGAGCCCAUAACUUAAAUAAAGAUCUAUAAGCCAAAUUGUUCUUUCGCUUGGGGCAUCUAUUAUUAAAACAAAUUGUCUGUGAAGUGACAUAAUGCCUUAAUUAGCUUGCUUAUUAUUUACUUCGGGACUGCUGGAUGUUUCCCCAUGCCAAAAUUUAGAUUAAAAAAACUGGGAAAAACUAAUUGAUUAUUUUACUUAGUGUGGCCAAGAUCAACUUCUUAUUAACCAGCAAUAAUCAUAACACAAAAUGUGCAAGUUAAGCAGUUGUAUGUUUGUACUUACAUGUAGAAAUUGAAUGGUACUGCCAAAUUGCCUUCCCUCUCAAAAUAAUAGUAAUCUGUCUUCAUGUUUGAGCCUUGAGCACUAUCUUAACUUCCAUAUCCUGUAACUGCACAUCAGUUGCAUAAAAUUGUAUUUUUCUACAAAAAUAGUAUUGUAUAUAGUGUAUUUUUUUGUCAAAUACAUAAUUUUUUUAAUGAGUCCUUUAGCAAUUUUGAAUAAAGCCAUUCCUUUGCUCAACCAAGGAACUCCAAUAAAUAUAGGAAAUUUAAUGUGUAAUUGUGUACAUUUAAAAAAAAACAAUAAACAUUAAAGUCUGUGAAAUAACAAUGUCAACGAAAGGUAAAUACAGCACAGCAAUAUGACAUCCUUAUUUGGUUAAGUUUAAAAUUCAGUCUUCACUUGUUGACUCAUGAAAGAAUGCACGAGUUAAUUUUCCUAAAUAUCAAUCAUUUUCGGUAAUCCUUUUUAAUUCAGUAACAUUUGCAUUUAAUGCAACAAAUGCUUCUUUCAAAUAUUGGGCUGUAAAUAUAUCAUAUUCCACAGAUUUCAGUGAUGAAAGGAAUUUAUAUUCAACUGUAAGUGACAUGUUGAACCCGAAAGAACAUCUAUGAAUCUAUGCUUUGAACUUGCCUGUCAGUUUCUUACUAUGAUCCCAAAAUUAACAGAAUUUUGUCUUUUUUUAAAUAGAUAUAUAGUAGCAAAUCAAUCAAACAUAAACAUUUUCUCAACUUUACUGCCUCUGCAUUUUCAUUGGGCUUACUAUUCAUUUUCAUUUUUGCCAAUAAAUCCAUUAUCUUUAUUUUUAAUAGGAAUAUAUUAAGUCUAGGAGUAUGAAGAUAGUUUAUUAGUUGCCAAAAUGUAUUACUCAAUUCAUCUUUGUUUCUCAGUUCUGUGGAAAUUGAAGAAUAAAUCAAAUGAUCCUAAAGUGCAACUCAAAUCAAUGCAAACAUGGUACAUGUUUGAAACAUUGUGCAAUCACAAAAUUUCUUCUCCAAGGCAUCCUUUGUUGUUUCUUGAUGAGAAUUCUUAAUGGUACCCAAAUUUUUCUCGUCACCACUAUUUCAGUUCCAAUAAUCUUAGUGCAAUAAAAGGGGUAUAGUAAUAAUUACAUUGCAAUCUAAAAUGAUGGAGCAUUGACAAAUGAAAGCUCACUGUGCCAAAGUGUAUCCAAUUAGCUGUAAGAGUACUGGAUUCCAACUGAGGACCAUCACAAAUAGAGAUAGAAUAACUAUACUUGAGAUUUGGUUACAAUGUGGUAAAGUAUGUUCUAUACAUGUUAGAUAGCACUGAACCACUGUAAUUACCAAUUCUAUUGAUUAUGAUUUUGAAUGAAUGUAUUUGGAGUUUUAAAAGCUUACUUUUAUAAUGCACUGUGCCCUUUCUUUCUCCUUUUAUGCCUUUCAAUUUAACAAUGUGCCCAAUUCACAGAGCACCCUUUUUGGAUGACACUGUUAACCCUAAAGUUGUCUUUUUAUACCAGGCCACUGAUGUGGAAAAUGUUUUUCAAGAUGUCAAAAAUGAUUACUGUCUCUUUAUAGUUUCUGUAAAGUCAGAAAAUGUUUCUAUUGCAAAAUUUGGUAACUAUUUAAUUCUGAAAACACCCCACAGAGUCCAAUAGUGUCCUAUUUACAGCAAUAAAACUAGUUGUGCCAACUUCACUAAGUAACAAAUGAAGCAGUGUCUGCUUUAAGAUAUGGUGUGCUUAUUUCCCUGUAUUUAAUUUCUCAAAUGCCAUUUAUGCUUGCAAUAUUUAUAUGUUAUAUUAAAGAGAGCUAGGAAUGUCCAGUAAGGCCUAAACAUGUAAAUUGUGCUUUUGGAAUCAUAAGGGUGAUUAGACAAUGAGAGUAUAAGCUUUUAUUUGGGAGUAUUUGAGACUUAAUUACUGUAGUGUUCUCAAAGCAAGUAGAUUGCCAUAUGUACUAUGUUUUAUAUAGUUACUGGUUUUGUUACUUUUCUCCAGUCUUGAAAUCAGCUGUUGAAUUUACUUUUUUGUAUCUUGUAUUAUAACAAAGGAAGCUGACACAGCCUAACAAUUGCUGAAGAUUUUACAGUAUUUCACAGGUGACAAAGAUUUGAGUUAUAAUAUUCUUUUGAAACAUGAUGGAAUAUAUUCCUUCUCUUAGUGCGCAUACAAGAAGUGGCCUGUAUCUUUCUUAAAAGUAUAGUUUAGGUAAAAUCUCUGCUAUUGGACAAAAAUAGAAUGCUGGUGACUGAAUAUUGCCAGCUAUCAUGACCUAAAAAUUGUGUGCAUUUUUGCAGUAUUUAGAUCAGAGUGCUCUGGUUCCUUCACACCAGAAUAUCUAUAUGUGAAAAUUAUCCACUUCUUAGUAAUGUAUUGAAAUAGAAGUGAUCAUUCUUGGUUAGCGAUGCAAAAACAAAAAACCAUGGGCAGUUCUUACUGCUUUACUUUUUUAAAAAGAAAACAAAUAUUAGUCUUUGUCAUAGCAAUUAUUUGCCUUCUGUUU